AUGUAUUCAUUAAUCAAAUCAUUGGCCACAUUUGCCACACUCUUUUCAUUAACUUUAGCCAAGUUUGAAUCGUCCACCCCACCAGUUGAAGUUGUUGGUAACAAAUUUUAUUUUUCCAAUAAUGGGUCUCAGUUUUUAAUCAGGGGUAUCGCCUAUCAGCAAGAUGCCGCGGGCUCAGUUUCCUCCGGUUACGACGCCGAUCCUAAUAGAAAAUACAAUGAUCCUUUAGCCGAUGCUGACGCUUGUAAACGUGACGUCAAGUAUUUCAAAGAAUCAAACACCAAUACUUUGAGAGUUUAUGCUAUUGACCCAGAUAAGGAUCAUGAAGAGUGUAUGAAAAUUUUCAGUGACGCUGGUAUUUACAUUGUUGCUGAUUUAUCAGAACCAACUGUAUCGAUUAACAGAAACAACCCAGAAUGGAACUUGGAUUUAUACAAACGUUAUACAAAAGUCAUUGAUAAGAUGCAAGAAUAUUCUAAUGUUUUGGGAUUUUUUGCUGGUAACGAAGUAACUAAUAAUCGUUCAAAUACCGAUGCUUCUGCAUUUGUUAAGGCUGCCAUUAGAGAUAUGAAGAAAUACAUCAAGGAGUCUGAUUAUAGACAAAUUCCUGUUGGUUAUUCAUCCAAUGAUGACGAAGAAAUUAGAGUCGCCAUUGCCGAUUAUUUCUCUUGUGGUUCAUUAGAUGAUCGUGCUGAUUUCUUUGGUAUCAAUAUGUAUGAAUGGUGUGGCAAAUCAACUUUCGAAACCUCAGGUUACAAGGACAGAACUGAAGAAAUCAAGAACUUGACUAUCCCAGCCUUCUUCUCCGAAUAUGGAUGUAAUGCUAACCGUCCACGUUUGUUCCAAGAAAUUGGUACCUUGUAUUCCGAUAAGAUGACUGAUGUUUGGUCCGGAGGUAUUGUUUAUAUGUAUUUUGAAGAGGCUAACAAAUACGGUUUGGUUCUGGUUGAUGGUAAUUCGGUCAAGACAUUAUCUGACUACAACAAUUACAAAUCAGAAAUGAACAAAAUAAGCCCAUCCCUUGCCCAUACUUCAACAUUAUCCAGUUCUGACGCCAGCAAGACUUUGCAAUGUCCAGGAACUGCUGCUAGCACUUGGAAAGCUGCAACUAAUUUGCCACCAACUCCAGAUGAAAGUUACUGUGAUUGUAUUUCCAAGUCAUUAGAAUGUGUUGUUGCUGACGAUGUUGAUAAAGAAGACUAUGGUGACUUGUUUGGUCAAGUUUGUGGUUAUAUCGAUUGCUCGGCUAUUUCUGCCGAUGGUAGCAAAGGUGAAUAUGGUGUUGCUUCCUUCUGUUCUGAUAAAGAUCGUUUGUCAUAUGUGUUGAACCAGUAUUACCUUGACCAAGACAAGAAAUCCAGUGCUUGUGAUUUCAAAGGCAGUGCUUCAAUCAAUAGCAAGGCUAGUGCUAGUGGCAGCUGCAAAGCUGUUAGUGGAGUAGCUACUGGUAAGGCAUCUUCCUCUGGUGGAAGCUCCAAAUCUGGAUCUUCCUCUGCAUCUGCUUCUGGAUCAUCAAGCAGCAGCACCAGCUCUGGGUCCAGCUCAAGCUCUGGAGUUAAAGCAACUCAACAAAUGUCUAUGGUCAAAUUGGUUUCAAUUAUUACUAUUGUUACUGCAUUUGUUGGUGGUAUGUCCGUUGUUUUUUAA